AAACAACUGAACGUAACACCACAGCGUACCAAACAGUGUGGAUGCUUGAUCGUGCACCUUCAGUUUAAACAGUCGCCUUAGGUGUUGAAGGUUAGCCUUCAGUGUUGAGUGACCAUGAAAGCUGUAAAUGAAUAGCUUUGGGGAAUUAUUCACCGCUUCAAAAUGUAGGGAUGGGGGAAAUAAACAAUCAUCUCAUAUUGAUGACUACCAGAGGAUCUUUAGUUUCACGAUGGGACAGCUUCAAAAUUUACAAGCUUUUUGCUCAUAACAUUGAAAUCGGGUUUUGCUUACUGUAGUACAACAUAUUUAAACAUAUGCGUUGCAUUUGUGCAUGGAUAAGAUUACUGUUACUCAAGUAAAUGACGUUUUCUACAUAGACCAAUUCGAUGGCAAUGCACAUAUUCGUGGAACUUUACACUUAACUUUAACUCAUAUAUUUUUCCUUGGUUUAUCCAGAAGACAAGAAAUUUGGUUACAGAAUCAGUUGAUUUCUUCAGUUGAACGUCUUCCACUAACUACUGGUGGUGCACCUUUAGUUAUACGUGGUAAAGAUUUUCGAGUACUUCGUCUAAUUCUACUGAAAGAACGUGAUUGUCAUGAUGUUUAUCUAACUCUGACCAAAUUAAUACGUGUUGCAAAUGUAUCUGAACUGCCGUGUUAUCGUUUCGUUCCACCUGAUUGUUAUUGGCCUCGUGAAGAAGGCUGGUCAAUGUUUUCAUUGGAAUCACAAUAUAAUCGAUUUGGACUGCCGAAUUCUUUCUGGACACUAACGAAUGUGAAUAACAAUUUUGAGAUAUGCGACACCUAUCCUUCUUUGCUAUGUGUCCCAAGUAUGAUAUCAAAGAAUAUUCUCUAUGGAAGUUCACGUUUUCGUAGUCGUGGCAGAUUCCCUGUGUUAACUUAUCUACAUCCAAAUGGAAAGUCAGCAUUAUGUCGAAGCAGUCAACCGUUAGCAGGUUUCUCUUCAAAAUCCACAGAGGAUCAAGUACUCUUUGAAGCUAUACGUAAUUCAAAUCCUGAAUCCAAUAUUCUCUAUGUGGUGGAUACACGACCUACAAUCAAUGCGUUGACGAAUCGUGCACAAGGCAAAGGAUAUGAAGAUACUAAUGUUUAUCGUAAUGUUGUAAUUCAAUUCUUUGAUAUUGAAAAUAUUCAUGUGGUUCGAUCAUCUUUAGAAAAGUUAUUAAAAGUUUGUUGCAGUCCUACAAUCACAUUGGAAAACUUCACCUCGGGUUUGGAUAAAUCUGGUUGGCUUAAACACUUACGUGCAAUCUUGGAGGCAGCCUAUUUUGUAGCUAAACGAUUGGAUGAAGGCAACUCGGUACUGGUUCACUGUUCCGAUGGUUGGGAUCGUACAGCUCAAGUUUGCGCUUUAGCACAAAUUAUUCUGGAUCCGUAUUAUCGAACAUUUAUAGGAUUACAAGCAUUGAUUGAAAAAGAAUGGAUCCAGUUUGGGUAUAAAUUCACUGAAAGAUGUGGUUUAGAAUCGGAUGUUGAUCCACGUGAAGUAUCGCCUAUUUUCACUCAAUUUCUUGACUGCCUUCGACACUUAUUAGAAAUAUGUCCAAGUAAAUUUGAGUAUAAUGUUAAGCUGUUACAAUUUCUACACGAUCAAGUCUACUCAGCAGUUUAUGGAACAUUUAUUGGAUGUAAUGAAAAGGAGAGAAUAAAUCUUAGAGUUCGUGAGCGUACUUACUCUCUCUGGGCUUAUUUAAAUCAAUCCCGUGAUAAAUGGAUUAAUCCAUUCUAUGAACACAAUUCAGUAUGGACAAAUUUUUCUAUCGGGAGUAGUUUUGAUUUAGAAAAAGAAUCAUAUUAUGAAACAGAUGAUUUAAUCACCUCUGGAAUUGAACUUCUUGACGAUGGUAAAGGCAAUAGUCGAUAUGCAGCAGAUAUGCUUCCAGCACAUGUAUUACAUGCACCAUUGUUCCGUUUAUGGCGUGAUCUGUAUUUACGAUGGGAAUGGCGUUUGCCUAAACAUGAUGGUCAACGAGAGAAUCACGUGUCUGACUAUUUAUACGGUCUGACAACUCUGCUUGACCAUAAUCGAUUAUUGGAGGCAAGAAUUAGGCAGUUACAAAAGUUAUUGGAUAAAAGUGAUGAUGCUACAACUAAUAAUAAUAAUAGUACUAUUGUACAUAAGAAUAAUUUAAAUGCUUCACCUGAGCAAUCAUUAACUUCAAAAUUGACAGAUCUUAAAAUUGAUUGGAAAAAUCAAUCUGUACUGGAUAAGACUGAAAGUGAAAUUCAUUCAACUGACAACGAAAAAUCGACGGUUUUGUCGUCGUCGUCGUCGUCGAUUAAACAACCCCUUGUUUUUACAAGGUGGAAUUCAAUUUCUAACGAUGAUCAAAAACAACUGCCUCUGCCUACUGUUGAGCAACUCAAGUGUGAAAUGGAUAUUAUCAGUGUAAAAUGGUCAGCAUGUAUGAAAUCAGGCGAUGUAUGCUGUGUUUGUAAUAGUCUCUUAGUCUUAUCCAAUCAAUCAGUUCAUUGUCAUUCAUGUGGCCUUCUCACCUGUUCACGGUGUAUCCAUCCCAAUCCACCGAUCAUUCCAAGUUUAUGGUCUACUGAUCAAAAAUCUGUACAGUUUUGUAAUUCUUGUACUUCUAAACUUCGUAACAGUAGUAACACUUCAACUGUUGGUAGACAUUUCAGUCAGUUAAAAACAGCCAGCAUGUCAACUACAAAGCCUGAAAACAAUUCAUCUUCAACUGACCAUCUGGUGACGUUUACAUCUUCCACAUGUAACUCUUAAUGUUGCCUGUGACUUUUUUCCUCUCUUCUCAAAUUUACCAUGUGAUAUUAGGUAUUUGUGCGUGUGUGUGUGUCUAUCCAUGUUUUCUGUUUUUCUGAUAAAAAUAAUCUGUGAUCAUGUUUCGACAAGUGCUGUGUCAUUCUGUACCUCCCUACUUACGUCCACAUCCUUGUAUCUUCACAGUUCCCUCUUUUUCCCCUCUAUUCGUCCCUUAAUCCCGUGUAUUUUCGUUAACGAGGAAUAUGUGCUUUGAAUUAGAUCAAUGUAAGCAAGAUUUGUUAGUUUAUUGAUUUAUUUUCUCUCCACCUCUUUUUUUUCCAUCUUUACCGUCUCUUCUGUGUAUGUGUGCGUGCGUGCGUGCGUGUGAGUGAAUAUCGAUCGUUUGUUUGUCUUUCCCCUCCUUCUCUUUAUCGUAUUUUUUAUUUCUGAUGUUCAUCUCUGCUCCUAAACAACCUUCUCCUUUGAUCUAUCAUCGCAACUAGUAUAAUCGGUUAAAAAGAAAUUCUAUGAAUCAGCCGUUUUUCUUUUCUUUAUGUGUUAUAAUUUCUAGGGGGGUGUAAUUUAAUUAAUCUCAUGUGUAUUGAUUUUUUUCACACUUCAGUCACCAUGUGUAGGUUAAAUGUACCGACAAUAUUGAUGAUAGAUAAUAUAGCGACGACAGCAAUAAUACUAGUAAUAAUCAAUACUUUCUUCAAUAUCAUACAUUAUAUUACACUCAUUAUCUUUUUGUUAUAUUCUGUUUGUUUGUCUGUCUUUUUCUCAAAAAACUUUUUUUUUCUUAUUUCUAUGUGUAUAUUUUUUUUUAAAUAAGGAGUUGAAUUGUGUAAAAAAAUGAGAUAAGGCUUUUUGAUAAAUUUCCCUGGAAUAUAUAUUUCCUAUGUUAUUUUUCAUGGUCUUCAUUUCCUUGUAUUGAUAGGAAUUGAGCUUUCAUUGAUCGAUUGAUUGAUUGAUUAACAAUGCGUUGAUUAUUGAUUAUCAGUAGCAAAAUAAAGACCAACAGCAGCAACAACAACACCAACAGAAAUAACGUGUAUUAAUCGAUAGUUAUUUUCCAGAUCAGUGUUACUACAAAAUGAAGUGAACUUUUUUUUUCUAAUGGAUGUUUUCUUAUUAAUUUGUUUAUUUAUAUAUUUGUUGUUGUUGUUGUUGAGUGAAUGAGUACUUCUCAGGUUAAUGAGAAAUGUUUAUAAUAACUAUUUAAUCAUUAUUUAUCAAGUGUUACUUCGCAGGGAUUUGAUUGGUUACAAGUUUGGCCACGAGUGUUGAGAU